UAGAUAAGAUAAGAUAAAGUUUGUUUGUUCGCUACACAACUUUUGGAUUAGUUCCAGUUCUUCCAGUGGCAGUUGUUAUGUUGUCUUUGAGUUACUGCUAACUUUUCUUUUGUAGUAUCGUGCGUUUUAAAGUUCAUUCACAAUAAAAAUCUAAAUAAUAUGGCAGCUUCUUCUGAACUUGUAAGCCUUGAUGAGCUUGUAGCGAGUUCACUUUCGGGUCUGGCACUGAAUGAAUUUAAUAGAAUUCACUAUGGAAGAACUGAUCACCACGCAAUAAAAAUUAAAGAAAGCAACAAACAAUUCGCUACUGAAAACUCCUUUGAUAUUGCUGCUUAUGAAUUUCCUGCGAAGCAAGAAGAAACUAGAAACCCAAGACUAGUGAAAGUGGGGGUAGUUCAACAUUCAAUUGGCACAACUACUGAUAAACCUAUAGUAGCACAGAGAGAGGCUAUAUUUAACAAAAUUCGGAAACUUAUCACUGCAGCUGGCGAAGAAGGGGUAAAUGUCUUAUGUUUACAAGAAGCAUGGAGUAUGCCGUUUGCGUUUUGUACUAGAGAGAAGCAGCCUUGGUGCGAGUUUGCGGAAUCUGCUGAAGAAGGACCAAGUACCCAAUUUUUAAAAGACUUGGCUAUAAAGUAUGACAUGGUCAUAGUGUCUCCUAUUCUUGAAAGAGAUGAUGCCCAUGGUGAAACUAUUUGGAAUACUGCUGUAGUCAUUAAUGAACAGGGGAAAGUUAUUGGAAAGCAUAGGAAGAAUCACAUUCCUAGAGUUGGAGACUUCAAUGAGUCCACCUACUAUUUUGAAGGCAACACAGGCCACCCUGUUUUCCAGACCAAGUAUGGCAAGAUUGCUAUAAACAUUUGCUAUGGCCGCCAUCAUCCUCAGAACUGGAUGAUGUUUGGUAUAAAUGGAGCAGAGAUUGUGUUUAACCCAUCGGCUACAGUGGCCGGCUUGAGUGAACAUCUCUGGGCAGUGGAGGCCCGCAACGCUGCCAUUGCCAAUAGCUACUUCACUGCUGCCAUUAACAGGGUUGGAACAGAACAAUUUCCCAAUGAGUUUACUUCAGGAGACGGAAAACCAGCUCACAAGGAGUUUGGCCAUUUCUAUGGUUCAAGCUAUGUGACCGCCCCUGAUGGCUGCAGAACUCCUGGUUUGUCUAGAGUCAAGGAUGGAUUGCUGAUUGCACGAAUGGACUUGAAUCUUUGUCGUCAGGUCAAAGAUAAAUGGGGUUUCACAAUGACACAGCGUCUGGAUUUGUAUGCUGAGAGCCUUGCCAAGGCUGUUAAGCCCGAUUACAAACCUCAAAUUAUUUGUAACAACUGAUAAUCUCAUUUUGUAUAUACCCAAUAACAAAUUGGCCAAAAAUUUACAAUUAUACUAUUGUUAUCUGUUAUACUUUUACAUUGUUUAUGUUUAAAAUUUUAUUGAAGAUGUUUACUUUUUGAUAUGUUACGUUUUUCUUUUUACAUACCUAAUAAAGUGUUUAUUCUAA